AGUUCAACGGAAACCAAUCGCCAGUAACAAUAGGGUUGAGCGGCAGGGAAAUGCAGCGUUAGGAUGGCCCAGGGGAUCUCAAAAGCACAGCCGAUUCUAGUAUUUAUUGCCUAUUUUGUUUUUAAAAAAAGUGUGUCUCGAUAACAAUUCCAAUUCAACUCACUGGACAUCAAAAUACUUUGUUGUAAAUAUUUAAACACCCCUCUUUCGUCUAAUGGUAGGCUCUACCAUUGUGACGUUUUAAAAAUUCAGCAGGCAGGCUCGGCCGUUGGCUCACUACUCAGAGAAGAAAAUCCGUUGUUGUGUGUAGAGGAAGAAAGACUCAACACAUUCGAAAAACGUUAAACAUACAAAAUACGACCAAUAAAGCCCAGUUUUUGCGGGUCGUUUUUUCUCCAGCUUAUCCGUUUCCCCGUUUUGUUUAGCUAACAUGGCUUGUGGAGCUACGUUAAAGCGGUCGAUGGAGUUUGAGGCCCUCCUCAGUCCCCAGUCUCCCAAGCGGAGAAGGUGCAAUCCACUACCGGGGACUCCUGGCACUCCGUCCCCGCAAAGAUGCAACCUCCGUCCCCAAGUCGACAGCCCAACGCAUUCGAUGUCGCCUCCGGCCAUAGGAGGCGAGCACAGGCUCACCCCAGAGCAAAUCUUCCAGAACCUCCGUCAGGAGUACAGCCGGAUCCAGAGGCGGCGGCAGCUGGAAGGGGCCUUCAACCAGACCGAGGCCUGUAGCUCCAGUGACGCCCCCAGCCCCAGUUCAUCCCUUAACGCUCCCAGCUCCCCACCAGGUGCCUCAAGGAAGGACCAGCCCUCGUUCACACUGAGGCAGGUGAGCUACCUGUGUGAGCGCCUGCUCAAAGACCACGAGGAGAAGAUCCGGGAGGAGUACGAACAGAUCCUUAACACAAAACUUGCAGAACAAUAUGAAUCUUUUGUGAAAUUCACACAAGACCAGAUCAUGCGAAGAUAUGGAGCCCGGCCUGCUAGUUAUGUCUCCUGAACUCACGUGGAUUAGAUCCCAGCUUCCUCUCACAAGAUGGCUGCUCUUCCACUGCCCCCUUCCACUUGAUUUUUCAUUUUAUUUCCCAAUUUUUUUCCCUCCAUCUCAAACUGUUUGGGUGCCAUGGUUUAUCCACUUUUUAAUCCAAAAGUUAAUUUCUUUCUUCAAAACUAUUGCUGCUGGCCAAAAGUUAGAAUCUGAAAGAUAAACUGUGUAUGAAGCCUGCCCUUUUUUGCCCUUUUUCUUGUUGACAUGCUCUUUCUUGAAAUCCUGACUAAAGCAGAUCUGUGUCAAAGCUCUUGCUGGCGCUGUAGAAAAAGCUUAUUGGCUCAUAUGAUCAUUCUGUAUAACCUUCCAGCAGCUGUAUUUAAUGGCUCCUGCUUCUCACAUUGUCCCACAUUUCUUGCCCCCACCACCACCACCCUCCUCCCUCCUCACAACUCUUUACCCGAAUGUGGAUUUUUCUCCCUUUUGAAAAAAAUAAAAGUUCUGUGAUUU